AUGAGUUGUAAGAAAAAUAAUUGUAAUUCAAAGAGUUGUAAUACUUUGACAGAUUUAAAAGAAGAAGAAUCAAAAAAACUAAUUAGAAGUGAGGAUGGUGUAAAAUUUUAUGAUGAUGAAUUUAUUUUUUACCAAGAAGGUAACAUCCCUGUGAUUGUAACAUUUCCACAUAGUGGUAAAUUAAAAUUAAAAGAUAUUCCAAUAAGAAAAUCAGGAUGUAUUGAUCCAGAUUGGUGGACAGAGGAUUUAGCAAUUUGUAUGAUUCAAGCAUUUAAUUGUAUUUCAUGUUGUUGUGGUUGUACUGUAAAAGAUAAAGAUGAUAAUAAAGCUGAAUGUUGUAAACCAUCUUCAUCAUCAUCAUCGUGUUCUCCAACAACAACAUCUGAAGAAUGUUCAUGUUGUAAUAUUAAUAUAAGUUCAAAUAAAGUCGAUUACAAGUUAGAAUGCCCAAGACCAUAUAUUGUAUAUUCAAAGAUUCAUAGAGAAAUGUGUGAUUUUAAUAGAGGUGAAUCGAGUGCCUUUGAAGAUGAACGUAUGAAACCACAUUAUCAAUUAUAUCAUGAUACAAUUAAAUCAUUUAUUUCAAAGAUUAAAUCAGAGAAUCCUCAAUACUAUAAUGGUGGUAAAGUUACAUUAUUGGAUAUUCACGGUCAAUCGGAUAUACCAUCCCAUAUAUUACGUGGUACAAAAGAUACAAAUACAGUUAAACCAAUGUUAAAACAUUUAGGUAAUGAUUCAUUCAUUGGUGAGAAUAGUAUUUUUGGGUACCUUUUAAAUGUUGGUGGUAUUGAUGUAUUCCCAUUAAAUAAUUUACCAAGUGAUCAAACUACAGAUCCAACAAAUCCAAAAUAUGUACCACCAAAUAAAAUACCACAUAACAAAAAUGAAUCUUAUAAUCCAUUAAAUCCAUACAUUGAACAUCCAGAAUUUAAUGGAGCAUUCACAGUUAUAAAUUAUUCAAAAAAUUAUACAAUCAAUUGUAUUCAAGUUGAAAUUGGUUAUUUAUGGAGAUCAACAAUUGAAAACCGUAUUAAAUUUUCACGUACUUUAAGAUCUUCAAUUUUAAAUUUUAUUAAUAAUUAUGUUUAA